GAAGCAUUGGUUGACUCCAAGAAAAUGUCAGUCCGGCAUCCCCCGACACUGCGAGCCACGCAGUCUCUGGUGUUUAUCGCUCAGACGAGAUCCGUUUUAGGGGUUUAGCGCUCCAGGAAGGAUGAAUCGGUUUGGCUCCUUCGCUCCUCGUUCUCCCUAUCGAGACGGCAAACCCAGGAGUAAAAAGUGCGUGAAGCGGAGCCACAGCGAGAAGUACCGGCGGAAGUGUCUGCGCCUGAAGCGCGUCGCCAAGGCCAUGGUGUUUGAAAAUGCGGCUCUGUGUGAUGAAAUCUCCCGCAUCGAAAGUAAGUUCCUCCGGGCGAAAGAGGAAAGAAGGUUUUUAUUAAAAAGAACCCUCCAGCUGCAGGCAUUGGGGGAGGAAGAGCCGCCGGCGUCGCAUAACUCCAGUCUGUCCGCUGGCUUCUCCGCGCCGGACGCCGGGGGGGUAAAUGGGGCCGCUGCGGACGGGGGUUCGGCGAAUGUGGCGGACGAAGCUCUGGGUAAAAAGUUAAAAAAGGACAAAAGAGAAAAAGACAAGUCGGAAGUUCUGAAGAAAUCUUCUAAAAGGAAGAGGGUUCCGGAAGGGGGAGCUCGGCGGGGGGUCCGACCCGUUCCCCUGGACUCCUGUGGGAGGCCUGUUUUCCCGAUUGCCCUGGAAGAUCUGACCGUUUACAGCCUCGGGGAGAUUGUCUCGGACCGGCCUGCCUUCCACAGCACAGCGGCCAUUUACCCCGUCGGCUUCUGCAGCACCAGAGUGUACGUCAGCGCGAGACACCCCGAGCAGCGCUGUCUUUACACGUGUCAGAUCAAAGACGGCGUCACGGGACCGCAGUUUGAGAUUGUUCCAGAAGACGAUCCUCAGAAUUCCAUCGUGUCUGACUCUGCGAACGAAUGUCACUCCGUCCUCCUGAAAACCAUCGCUGCGGCGCGGGGGAGUAUGUUGCGUGUUCCUGACAACGCCGGGGUUUAUUUCUUUGGUUUAUCGCACCCCACCGUUCAGAAUUUAAUACAGAGCUGCCCCGGAGCCCGGAAAUGUUCAAGCUACGAGUGGGUGAGAUUUGAGGUCUGCAGACCGGGCGACGGCCGCCUUCCCUACGAACUUCAUGAAAACGACGCGUCCGUAAACUUCGAGGCUUUUCACAGACAGAGUUUUGAAGAAAUGAAAACCGACUCGGUGUUAUCCGAAGUUCUAGAUCUUCCUGAGAUCCAGGCGUCCCACGACUACAUCUCAAGCUAUCCGGAAAUGUUCUUAUCCCAUGCGCAGCUGGCGUCCGCGCUGCACGCGAAGUCCCCGUCCCGCUCCUCGGAGUAGCCCCUUCGAGUGUUUUUAUGUCUUUAAAUAAAUUAUUUUCUCUCUGCCGUCACGCGGCUUUUUGCACCGGCUUGAAAGAUCCA